AUGUUCAACUGCGGAUCAGACAGGCCCACAGCUGCAUAUCCAGGAGGCUCAACCCAACCGAUCCGAACUGAACGGGUGACAGUGGCAAGCAGUGCCAUGCCCGCUUAUGAAUUGGUGUCGCAUUUGCAAUAUGUACUCGAUUAUUUAUUUAUCAGUGCCAUCGGUCCUCCCCUUGUUCCUCAGUUCAUCCCUCGCGCAUUCCUCGAGUUCAAACUUGUUCCAUCCUCUGAAAUCAGUUCCACUCCAAUCAGCAUGCGUUCUAGUCGCCUCACCCUUUCUGUCCUCGCUUUCAUCGGGCAGGUCGUUUCAGCCGCCUCAGUGACCACAGAUGACGAUACGCCCAGACAGUGUUUUUAUUACACCGGUGCAAACACCAACUCCGCGACUUGUAAUGAGGUUCCGGAUUUGAUUUGCACCGGAGGGUGCCGCCGAGGUAGUUACGUCACUGCUGAAGGAUGUCGGCCAAACGAUGGUUCGCCUAAAUCGGCCGCAGCUCCGCUCACUCCCCAAAACUGCACCGUUGGCUUUGGUCGGGACACGGCUGCUGCUAAAGCAUGCCUCACCGAAACUAAGGGAUACUCUUGCAACGGCAAAACUAGUGGUUUUGCUUUAUGUUAUGGUUGUGUAAAAACUCGCACAACUUAUCACGUACCUUCACCCCCUGAAGACUACCCGCCAUCGUGGCUCAAUCAAAGUCUUACAAACCCGAUACCAGGAUCGGGGAGAUGGUAA